AUGCGCAAUGAUCGAGAUGACCAGCAUAGGGAGAGCUUGGUCGAGACUCCGGCUACAAACUCGGCUACCUCCACGCCUGGUCAGCAUCAUUCAGUAGACGAUGGCUCCGACAAGCCCAAACCGCCGAAACCAUCUGUCCCCCUGCAAUGUUCUGUAUACAUUGUGUUCUUGACUCUGCUGUACGGAGCCGCAGCACUGUACGCUUGGGUCAUCAUCUGCAUCCUCACCUAUCGCCCCAUCGGUGCAAAUAGCUAUGGACCCAGCGAACUUGAUCGCAUUCUCACUGGCCCUCAUCUUGGCACCACCACCGUGCCCGAGUACCUCGACGCAUUAUUCGCCAAGAGCGAGAGGUAUCUCAGGGCGGCGAGAACGGUCCAGUCCUUGGUGUCCGUGCUCACCAUCCCCUUGACUUCCGCCGUGUGCUCCCAGGCAGCCGUGGUGUAUAUCCAGUGGAAACGAGGGGACAAGCGCCCGACCCUCAGGCAAAGCAUGGCCCUGGCGGACAAGGGAUGGACCGACCUUGUGCUUUUGAAAAAUCUCAUCUUCGGGGGUUGGAAUAAGUACAGGUCCUCGCUACUACUCUUUGCUGUGUUUCUGCAUCUCCUAGGCGCCGCCAUAUCUCCGGUACAGCAGCUCUUUCUCUCGUACAAGACGAUCAAGCGCGUUGGGUACCCCGUCAGCCUCACCCAAAUCACAGAUUUCACUGAUCUUUUCCCGGACCCCGGACCUGAUAUUGGCCUGGAUGCAACCAAGCUCAGAGCCACUCUGGCAUUGACAGUCAAUACUGCGGUUCAGCUGAGACUCUGGUCCUCAGCCAAUGGCACAGUCACCCUUGAUGAUAAGAUUUACCAGACUUAUUUGGCGUUGGAGACAAAAUCGCAAAACACCCUCGCCAAUAUAUCCACUAUAACGGAUCCAUUCUGGGCUGAGCUCCCCACUAGUACCAACACUGGUUUACUACGACAGUUUGCUCCUCGCAUCAACUCCACGGCCGUAUGGGAGAACAAUUCCGCCGCCAUACUUCCCGAAGACUGCAACUCGUUGUCUGAUGCCUUCUAUCUUCACUACGAAUACGGACAGGACAAUGGCGCUCCAUUUCAAUACGAUGUUGAGAUAUGUAUGCCGGGAAACAUCGAAGAGUUGUAUUUCAAGAUGAACUUUUCGGGAGACGGGGGCAUGAUGAAUUACCUUCCCAGACCAGGAACAUCCUCGAGGAAGCUGACACUCCACACCACGACCGGCUACUUUGAGCUUCCCAACUACGCAAAUGGCCAAGUACCUGGCCCGUUGAUCGAAGAGAGUCCGUUUGGCAAGAGCUCGCGAAAUCUCACCCCCCGGGAUGUAAACAACCAGACAGCAUGGACGCCGCUGAACGCGACCUUGAAUGUGAUCAAUGCCGGCAACAAAGGUCCCCUUCUCUACAUCGCCAUGGCCCUGUUUGGCGAGGGCUCUUUCGCCGAUGUCCAACACACAGUCUUGGCAGCAUAUGCCAACUCUGGCACCAUCUACGAUGGUUGUAUCGGCAUCAUUCCCUUUAUUCCACUUCUUGACGACCCCAACUCGUCCUUCAAGGCGUCCCCGGGUAACCCGUGUCUAACGGGCAGCGGGCUAACGGGCAGCGCCAGUAAUCGUCAAUACAACGACGACACAAUGCACGCAAUUGUUGCGGGGUACUUCUUCCUUUUCUCCGGGGACCCUACUUACGGGCCAACUUCGGAACGCGUCCAGAACGCCUUUGCCUCGGCGGCGUUUCUCGCCAACGACAUGUUCAUGACGAACAACUACCACCAGCAGAGUAUCGGCAUCUCAUACGAUAUGGGCGCUGAUGUACAAGUCCCGCACAUCUCCCGUGCAGGAAUCAUCUUGGUCUCGGUCUUGUUAGGGCUGGACUUGGCAUGUCUUCUGGCAUUGUCCCUCUAUAGCGCGUGGAUUCCUCGAUGGACCGAGACGCUCGACUCGUUUGCGAUGCUGCGGAUCGGGGCCUCUAUAGCAGAAAAGGUUCCUCUGCUCGCUGCGCGGCAUGUCGAGCGCAUCAAGGUUCUCGACGAGACCCCUGGAUGGGUGGGGAACGUGUCUGAUGGCGAGAUAGGGGAGCUAUGCUUGGGCGGGGAGCGGCCGCUCAGGAAGACGAGGCGGUACCGCGGUUAUGAUACCGACCUUGCGAAGAGGAAACCCUCGGCCUCGGGGCUGGUCAGACGAGAGGGCUAUUCCUUGGCUCCGGGAGACAGUACAUAG